UGUUGCUGGAAUCAGUACAGCCAGAGACCCCUGGUUUUCCAGUACCAGUGCUGUGAGGAAGGAUGCUACAGUAGGCCAAGCAGAGACAGGGGAGGAGUGUGGUAGAGACAACUGAGAGGAACGCAGCAGUGCAUGCAGACUGGAAAUUCAUCAUGUUUCAUCUACAGAAUAUCGUUGCCUUCAUAAUAAUCUCUGCCUCUAUUUGUCAGGCUCAAGCUGGUGGUCAACGGGCAUCAUCAGAUACAGCUAAAGUCACAUUACAGCCGUGGCUGGUGGGACUGACAGCCGUUGUUGUUUUUCUCUUCAUUGUCUUCGUCCUCCUCAUCAUGCAAAGACUCUUUUUCAAGAAAGACAAAGAUAAGCUGGAAGAAAAGGAGGAAGUGCCUGCAUUUUAUGACAACAAAGCAGCUGAUUUGGAGGCAAAUGAGGAGACCAAGCAGACCAGUUUCUAAUGAGAAGAACAGAUGAUCACAGUCCUGCCGCACACAAGUCUUUCUCUCUGGAAAUUAUGCCACAACUUAGCACAUUCUUAUAUAAUUAUAUAUUAAC